CACCGCAUAGCUCGCAACCCUCGUAUCCCACACAAUAGCAUUUUUCGACGCGUCGCAAAAGAAAAUGUGCUUGUGUAAUUAAAAUCGAAUAAAAACCCAAAAAUAAACCCUAUUUAGUGCAUCAAACUGCAAUAAUUCCGUGCGUGUGCGGUAAAUGGUCGGCAUUUGCAAAAAGGCGCGCCAAUAGUGAGCUUACGAAAUACCACCAAAAAUCCCAACCAACAAAUCCCAGGCAGUCAGCCACUAAAAAAAUCGCCUAAUUUACGAUACAAAACACUUUUCGGGGGCAAAUCGAAAAACGCUGAAUUCCGGGCUCGGGCGAAACAGCGAAGCAAUUCAAAAAUGGAGACGCCUGUCGAGGAGCACGGCAUGGACCUGACCAAGGUGUCCGUGGUGCGCUCCGCCAAGGGGGUGGAUAUGCUCUGCGUGGACGACUAUCUGUACCACUUCGAUCGCAUCGGGCGGAACAACACCUACCGAUGGCUGUGCAACAGGCGCAAGGACAAGUCCACUCCAUGCAAGUCCCGCAUCUGCACCUUGCUGCCCGAUCCGCUGGACAAGACGCGCCACGUCGUCGUGGACGUCGUUCUGGCCCACAUCCACCCGCGCUGCAGCGAUCACGAGGUCAACAAGGUGGCCCAGCGGAAGCGGCUGUCCGUGAUGAUGAUGAACGACGCCUACAGCACGACCCAGCCAAAGAGAGCACGCCAGUACGAGCGCGCCAACGCCGGCAUGAAUCCGCCGGAGUUCAUCUACGGAAGCAUCGACACUUCCGCCGUGGAGGCCUCAUUCCAGUUGGACUUUGAGGACAAGGACCGUGUGUACAUGCUACGGCGCCGCGAUGGCCGCGUGAUGGUUUGCAUCGACGGGCAUCUGUACUACCUGGCCGGGAAGUCCUUCAAAGGAGACAUAUUUCGAUGGACCUGUGUGCGCAAGCGUGACAUUGAGUGCACGGCCAGGAUCUGCACGGAAGCGACCUUGGCGGGGGCACAUCGACUGCAUGCCGUUGACACGGAUGCACACAUUCAUCCGCACUACUCGGCAACCAAGCUGAUGCACAUGUUUUCCAAGCACCAAAUCGUUUUGGUGGAGGACGAAAAUACCUCGGAUGUGUUGGCAGAGUGCCCUAAUCUCGAGUAUUUUGAUCCAGAAAACUCCUUUGACAUAACUCAGCGGUGCGAUGACUUGGAAUCCAUAAUAAUCGAGGAGUGCGAGGAUAACUACGAUGUAUACGUAAGGACGGACGAAAGCCAAGGUGGAGAGAUUCAAGGCAACGAAGAAGUCGAGAGUCAGGAGGGGGACGACGAGUCUUCUCUGGUGGACCCGAAAAUGGAUCACAGCUCCAAGUGGCCAGCGGCAUUCGACGUAAUUGCCAACUAUCUGCCACCGCCGGGCCACAAUCCUCUCACGGAAACCGACUUGACCAAGUUCACAUUUCUUCCUUCGGCAAAGGGUCGUAAGGUGCUGUGCUUGAGUCAGCAUUUGUACCACUUCGACUCCCAAAGCAGGUCCAACGGCCACAUGUUCUUCACUUGCAUAAACCGACGCGACAAGGCCAACACUUGUCACGUCCGCAUUACCCUAGACCCGGUUGAAAACGGACCAGUGGUUCUUCGAAUUAAUGGGGAGCACACGCACAACCCGGAUAUAAAAGAAAUUGCUCGCCGGCUUAAGCAGCAGGCCAAGCUGGACCAGGACAACUCACACAAGCUGUCCAAGAGUGAGCACGGUGAAGAGAUUAGUUUCGAAAGCGACGAGGGGUCGGCCAGCCAGGGAGGGGAUACCUUCGACCCUGAACACAGCGUCGAUGAAAGCUACGAACACAUUGACACGAGCAAUGUGGUAAUGAAAAAGGUGAUUAGCAUCGAUGGUGCCAUCAAAAUGGAACCAGAAUCGAAAGCGAACAUGAUAGUACAAUACCUAAAGGACGGAGCGGACAACAUAAGCGCCAAGAUCGAGAUACUGCCGGACGCACUAGAUGAGCUUGACCCACAAUCACACGCAGCUUAUGCAUCUACGCCUUUGCCGAAAGUUCGACAGCCGGAGAUCACAAAUAUACGUAGGCGACGCGAUGUAGCGGAGCCGACGAAAGGCGCGCAACCGGAUAUGGACCUCUCAAAGAUUUGUACCCUGAGAUCUGCUAAGGGGCACGAACUUUUGUGUGUCGAUGGCUAUAUAUACCAUGCCAAAAAUCGUGGCGUCAUCUCACGCAACUAUUGGGUGUGCAUCAAAAGCCGCGAUCCGGACAUCAAUUGUAAGAGCCGCAUCUCGACGGCCACCCAAAAGGAUGGCUCUAUUCGUGUGCUCCGAGUUUACAACAGUCACAGCCAUCCGUUCAGCGAGGAUGAUAUCAAGCGGAGACUAUACAACGAGAUCAACAAAAAGAAUAACAAGAAUCUAAAGUUUCGCCCACUGCACUUUAUCGGCAAAUCGUUGGAUCAGAUUCAGCAGGAGUAUGGUGAUUUAGCCAUCGAGCGACUCAAUGUGUCUAACAUAAGCAGCGACAUCGUGGUACACAAGAAGCCUCGAGUCACGAGCAGUAAUAAUAGCAGAUCCGCUUCUUUAUCUGUGUCCAAUAAGGUGGAUUCUCAUCAUGAGGAAGAGGAUGUUGUUAUUGAGGAGGAAGAGUACCAGGAGCAAGAGGAAGGUGUCGAAAUGACUAUGGACGGCGAUCAUCAAUACAUGGAGGUGGACAACACAGAUGGCAUCAUUGAGGUUGUGGAGGAAGUAGCUGAUGAAAUGGAAAGCUACGGUUCUAUUGUACCCAUAUACACUAUGAAACUCUACGCCGUAUCUGAUGGUCCGCCUUCCCUGGCCGUUCGCAUGACCCUGAAGGCCUUGGAUAUACAAUAUCAACUCAUCAAUGUGGACUUUUGCGCCUUGGAACAUCGCUCUGAGGAUUACUCUAAGAUGAAUCCGCAAAAAGAGAUACCCGUGCUGGAUGACGAUGGUUUCUAUCUAUCGGAGAGCAUUGCCAUUAUGCAAUACCUCUGCGACAAGUACGCGCCGGAUUCAACGCUGUAUCCGCAGGACGUCAAUAUGAGAGCGGUAAUCAAUCAGCGGCUAUGCUUUAACAUGGGAUUCUACUACGCCCCCAUAUCCGCCCAUAGCAUGGCGCCCAUUUUCUUCGACUACAAACGUACGCCCAUGUCGCUGAAGAAGGUGCAGAACGCACUUGAGGUGUACGAAACUUAUUUGGAGCGACUGGGUACUAAAUACGCGGCAGGCGACAACAUAACCAUUGCAGACUUCGCUCUCAUUUCGGCCACGCUCUGUUUGGAGGCAAUUCAUUUUGACUUACAGCAGUAUCCGUUAGUGCACAAGUGGUACGAAACCUUCAAGGAGGAAUACCCGCAGCUGUGGGAGAUCGCCAACAGCGGCAUGCAGGAAAUAAGUGCGUUUGAGCAGAACCCACCGGAUCUGUCACACUUGGAACACCCAUUCCAUCCGACGCGCAAGGCAAAAGCCUGAAGUAGUAGAUUUAAGACCCUUCCAGCAAGGAAAGUGAAAACGUUCUCCUUUUAAUUCUUGUGAAAUAUUUGAUACACUAUAUAUUAAAAUAUGAAUAUAUAAUGCAUAUAU